GGACCCAGCAAAUUUCAUCAGUCCAAUAUAUUUCAAUGGGGACACUUUUCCAUUUCAGCGAUGGGCCGAGCAACCUGUCGAUGGCCAUGACUGUAAGGCCGAACUCGUCGGCUUUUCGGCAGUGACUCACUGCAGUCGCGUCCCUGGCUACGACGCCGUCGGUCAGAACUAUGCCCUCCUUGGAGACGGUGGACCGAUCAGCUCAGCGAAUUGGCAGAAAGCAAUUGAUGAAUGGAUCGGCGAAGUCAAGGACGUCGUCGCCCCCGCCAUGACCAGCAACGGAGGAGUCAUUGGUCACUACACUCAGGUUGUGUGGUAUGAGACUCGAGAAGUUGGCUGCGGAGUCUUCACCAAUAACCAAAAGUGUGCUUGGGUGGACGGAUGGAAUAAUUUCUACUGCGCCAAGUACAUCUGCAACUACGGACCCGCAGGCAACAUGGUAGACAAGAACAGAAACCCUCUGCCUCCCUACAGCACCACUGUAGCCUGCAAGAAACCGUCCACCAACUACCCUGGACUCUGCGCCGAGUGAUGAAAAUAAUCCAUGAGUUUCAGUCA